AUGGAUACAAACAGUGAUUCCGGCAGUUCACCAACAAAUCAGCCCGUGGUGCCCUUCGCGCUUGGGCAGGUGAAAAUACUGUUUCCUAGACCUCACGCAAAACAUUUACUAACAUCUAAUAUUCAAAAUAAUGAUCUUAAAAAUAUAUUCCACUGACACAAGAAGUAAAUGUUAGCAAAUUUUCACUCCUUUUUCAAAAACACAAGCGAAUUUAAAUUCUAUGCUCUAAUAAAAAUACGCCAGGAAAUGACGUAAGACCGACAGACUGACUGACCCACUCACUAAAACUGACCGAUUCUCAAAUCGAGUGAUUUACCGAGCACUUGACCACGCGGCCGAGCAGCCCGAGUGACCAACGUCAACUUAACCACUGAAAAGAAUGUUAAAAUCCUUUUUGUUACGUCCCACGCCAACUCCCCUCUCCUUCUUUCAAAUUUCAGUCGCUCAGAAAAGUUCACUUUCCCUUUUGAACCUCAUUUACACACUUGCUUCCCCCAUAUGUCUCAGUUUUAUCAGAUUGCUGAUUCUCUCUAACUCACUAGGGGUCCAACGCCGCGAACCAAGCUAUACGCCAGCAAAAUGAUCACCAGGCAAAUCAAGCCAGGUAAGACACUAAAAACAGUCAUGUCUAUAAAGAACUUUACUAUACAAAUUAUCAUCUCCACCAUAUAGUACCCACCCUAGCUAACUUACUAGUAGUAAUCACAAGUUAUCACAGAAUAGGGAGGCGUAUUCGACAAAAAACCGAGAAGGUAGGUGGUGAAAUAACCUGCUUUCCGGAGCAAAUGAACAGUUUCCUAGCCGAAAAUGACAUAUUGACAAAGAUAUCAUAAAAAGCAUAAUUAGUUGUAAUGUUGCCACUGCAAGAGGCCAGAUCAUUCCGACCAGUUUACAGUGACAAACGUACGUUACACUAUGCACAACAACGUCUAAUUAAAAGUCAUAGUUUCACUUGCACUUAAGGGCACAGCUCUGCUGACACUAGCCUUCAAUUCGGCGUAUUUUUAGGGCGAGCAAAGGCUGCCUGCUACUGAUGAGUUUUUGCACUACUCAUCUUUCAUUUUAUCGAUGACGAGAAUGGAAGUUAACCGACUGUUUUACAUAUCUUUCAGGUAUGGUCUACCAAAUAUGAUAGCGGCGUCGAGUCAUGCUCAACCACAGGUGUAUAUGGAAUCUUCUAUUUCAUUCAGUAAACAAGUAACAAAAGCAACGUCGCUAAAACCAUAAAGCGAAACUUUCGCUCUGAGGUGGUAAUUUUUUGGGCCAGAGAAGAUUAUGCAUAUUCUCGAAAUGCUGCGUAGUCUCUGCACAUUAGAACGGACUUGUCAGUUCAAUUAGUUCUUAUUUUCCUAAUUUACUUUAGUUAAGGGUUUAACCGGUUCUUUUGUUUCUUCAGGCUAAUGAUGACAUGCCGGAUCCUGUGGCAUUUUUCCUUUUCUUAGUCUUUAUUAUCUUAAUAAAAAAUGAUAACUGAAUGAGAUUCAGAGUUCAGCCGGGAUUAACAAACCUGCAUUCUAACGCAGUUUUAAUUUACCAAACUCUUAUGCCUAAACACUGUUAAUUAUUCAUUCAAAAUAUCUCGCAGUUUCUAAUUGGCUCCAAUCCUCCGACUAAUUCUUCUUAACCAACUGGCGCUUACCAUAUUUAGAAGACGUGGCAAUAUACCAUCAAUUCGAUGGUAUAUUCGAUUGGAAACGAGGCUGAACGUUAGUAUAUUUGAUUGAAAACGAGGCUGCUUGGGCAAGAGUGAACUAAAAAAAAUGGAGUUCACGGCUAUUCGAGGACGAAAUAGCUGACUUUUUGAUUCGAAGAAGUACAAAAAUACGCAAAGCAUAUUACACGAUCGACGUUAUCUACUUUUUGAGGAGAAAAACCUUUUUUAUAUCCUCUAAUACUGUGCCGAGAAAUUGUGAAGUUGUGAAGUUGUCAAGUUGUGAAGAAAGUCUACGAGGAGGUAAGCAUGUUUAGAACUUAGAAAUAUUUUGAAUUAAUAAUAAAACAAUUAUUGAAUUCGGCUGCCGUACGAUGUGAAGAAUUAUUUCACUUACGUCAUAUUAGCAAGUUAAUAACAGGAAAUAUAAGCUGAGUAGCAUCACCACUUAACGGAUAAAAAAAACGAUGUGAAGAAUUAUGCAGGCCUCGGUGGAUGUUACCCACCACGGCUGAGGCCUCCUAAUUCUUUACAUCCUUCUCAGCCUCACUCAAUAAUUGUUAAUUAUUAGUCCAGUGUCAAGAAGGCAUAAAGAAAAAUAUUCAUCAAUAUAAAUAAUCGACCCUUUGUGUUAACUGAAUAUGAUCAAAUGUUUUGCUAGGAAACCAAAUAACAGUUUUGACAGGUAUUGUAAACAAUCCCGCUAUGACAAAUCUCGAGUAUAUUCAUAAAAUGACCGUGGCCGGUUAAGCAGAGAAUCUUCAUGGGCCGCUACACAUCAACUAUUUCGUUUGGAAUACAGCGCGUAUUUUUUGAUUGCCUUCUGUGUCUGUAAAUCGAGUUAUCUGUUUUGAAACAGUCAAAAACUGGACAAUGGUCAGUAAAAAUUAAAAUUGAUUAAAAAAUCCAAGAUAAUUAAAUGAAAAAAUUGCAUAUGAAUAUACCAAGAAAACAAAGAUGAAAUUGAGCACACAAUUUUAAACGCCAACGCGCUUUCACUUAAAAAACUUCUUCUUAAACGGGAUGUGUCUUAGCACAUACUACCUUCAAACAAUACAAAAAUGAUGCCUCAGUGAAUGCAUGACUUCCUAUUGAGUAAAUAACGACUAGCUAACUUUUAUCAUGUACGCAAAUUGUAAACUGUUGGGCGAUGUGAUUCUUUCCGCGAAGAGAAAUGCCUUGUAUACGACAACGUUUGACGAAUGUUCUCUAGAAUGUAUGGACGGUAUGAAAAAUGCCCAUUAUAAGCGGGGACCAGACAUAUAUCUAUAUGAUAACUGAAUCGAGGAAGCUUAGAAACUGCUGGUAGAUAACCUCUCCUCAAGACACCGAAGAACUGGAGGUAAGCUGGAUUAAAGAAGAGUUUAGAAAGACUGCCUGUAAACUAUGUUUGGAAUAACAAAUGCAACUCCUAUGAAAUUUUCAGUUGGUGGUAGAAAGGGGCAAAUACCUCCAAGCGACCACUGAAUCGAAAACGUUUCAGUACUUCUAAAUCUUGGACUAAAAGUUUUAGAAAGUUAGUGUUUAAAAUGCAAACUUCUUUCGCUGGAAAUUACGAAAAACGAUGGUAUCUUUUGCUUCACUUUUUUGGUUAUUUAGAAUGUUUGAAAUGUUUUCUCAAUAUUCCCUUUCAUCGAACAAAAUUCAUUAUAAUAUAUUGCACCAGAAGACAAGGAUAGAUGAGAUAUCCGGGGAAUUUUUCAUGGAAUGUCAAUAUGUAUUUCGCAGAAACUUCGACGACCAGCCGUCUGUGAUCUAACUAAAAAGAGAAAUGUCAAUAAACCAGGUGAAAAACAGAAUGGAUAUUAAAAAACUGACGGCUUUUAGGAUACAAAUAAUCACUUGUUUUUCAGAGUGAAUACAUCAAACGUAACACACGACAGCGCACGCAAGAGCUGAUUCCCCCUUCGUUCGUUUGCUCGCUUGCUUGUUUCGUCACUUCGACUGGGUAGACAGACCAGUGGGUAGUCGUCGAAAGUUAAGUUAUAUUUGGCAGGGAAAAUGUUUUAAAAUUUGACCAGAACUAGCCAUCCCUUGCUGUCCGCAUUAUUUGAGGGCAAACCACUGAAAUUUAGCCAUGAUAUGCUUUGCACUGAUGGCUGAAGUGUUCGUCUUGAGAGCGGUCUGCUUUGGGAGAGCUUACGGUGCCUUAAACUGGCAAAAACAAACAAACAAACGAACAAAGUAUGACGGGAGUUUACUGCUACGUGAAGGACAAUGAAUUUGGAGUUGAAGUCAAAAGUAAUAACUCAGCCUUACAAGUUAUUGAGUAACCAUUUCCUAUCUUGCUAUUUUCUGCUCCCAGCUCAAAUUCGUGGAGAUACAGGACACACAAAUUGGCUCAGCAAAAUGUAUUUUUAUUCGGGUAGGCUCGACGUCUUGCGUUUUGUUCACAAAAACAAGUGACGUACAGCGAAACCCAUCACGGACGCCUUCCUUAACAGAAGAACUAAUACGAAGAACUGAAACAAAUCAGUACUAAAUUAUACUGAAAAAGACAGCCAUAGCAUACGAAUACCUUCUGAACAGGAUUACGUGCCACACAAUUAGAAACCGUUGACAUACACCGAAGACGAGAAGAUGGAGGAGAGUGUAAAGGCCAACGUGCAUUUAAGCAAGGGUAUACUGACAUGGUCUCUAAUUCACCCUUUUUUUGUUAUUUUAGAUAACGACUGGGUAUUGGAAGAAUGGAAGAUGUUUGCCUUACAAUCGGAACAGCAUCUGACAUUUCAAAAUGCGCGAGCCUACGGUCCUUACAGACUGUUCGAUUUUUAAAGCAUGCGCAAGUACAAGGAUACUCGUAGUGCACAUGUGUGCCCGACGAACAGCAAGAUACGAUUAGCACAGCAUACAGGAGAAAACUACACAUCAACCCAAUUAAGGAGGGAUCUUAGCCAAGGUAUGUGAAGAUUCUGCACGAUAAAUCAUGAAAUAUUUCUCAGGUUCCUUUAUCACCUUCGUAUACCUUUAAUUUUUUAGCCUUUCGACAGGAAAACAACGAUUGACUCGACUCAGUUCCACUGUAAUUACACUAAGUAUACAGGAGAGACCAUGAAGAAAACGUCAACAAGAACGCCAAAAAACAAUUAGAUUUUAAAGCAAAACAACAGUUCUGCACAUGAACCCUACCUUAUGGUACAUUUCUACGACGUCCACCGCACGACUGCGACAUUAGAGACUUUUAGAUCCGAAUUUACCGCGAACCUCUAACCGCGGUUUGCGGUUACCCGUUUGCGGUUCGACGUUCAAACAUAAUUCGAUUUAGAUUGGCGGUGGAUUAAAGAAGUGGAUUCUGGUUUAUUUUUCCAUUUAAAAAUAGAAGAAAUAUCAAUCAAUGAAAAUAAAAGAAAUUUACGGUAACACUGGGUUAUAUAGCAGCAAAGAGCAGUAAAUUCUUACAUUAGUUCUUCUUGCAAAUUUACGGCCGCCAUUUUGAAUCAGCAGCCAUGAAUGGCACUUGUUUUCAAGAUUCAAUAGGAUUUAUCAAAUUUAGCAUUUCGCCUUGCUCCACAAGAUUCUUGUAUCAUUACGUGGAAUAAAACAAGAAUUAUACGCUAAAAGCUUUCAAGUAAAUGACAUACGUGAAAACCUACCUCCCCACGUUGAAAACGCACGUCGUAAACCUCAAACGUGAGGCGAAAGACAUGUCACGUGACCUCCAGCGGUUAGAGGAUCGCGGAAAACUCGGAUCUAAAACUCUCUAUUAAAAAUUCCUACCGCAACGCUUCAUGGAGGACGGGGACACAUGUCAACGAAUUUUCCUUUCUCUUCUUGAAUAAGGUUUCAGAACUGACUUUAAAAUUCAACUGUGGGAAAAUUCUCUUGCAUUGGUCGAACGUGAGCAAGUAAAAGAGAACAGUUUGAAUGAACGCAAAAUCCUUUUACUGAGGGAUGGUUAUCGCUACCGUCGUCGUUGUGGUCGCUUAAGCUGCCUUAUGUCAAUGACCAACUUUUUUCGUUUCAUUACAAAUCAAUUUCUUCUUUAAGAAAGCAUGACUGUUCAAUUUAUAGCAUAAAUGGUGAAGUUUGCAACACUACUGUAUCGAUCAGUAAAUGAGGCAUAUAAGAUGCACGUACCACCCGAGUGUAAACACCAGAUGACUCUUAGCAUCAAUUUAUGGAACGGCUGUGUUGGGGUAAACAGCUUUUAAUUACCAGUUACUUUAACCCGGAACACUCGCACACGACUAGACAAUCACACAGUAUGCAUUGAACUUAUACAAAGGUCUAAAUUUCAUAGCCAUAUUCUUAAAAUGGACAAAACACGGGAACUUUAGUUCUGUGUCAACAAGAAGAAAACUGUCUACACAGCAUCAUCUUGGACCCUUAUUUUCAACCUGCCUCUAUACUUUCAAGACGUUGUAAAACUACUAUGAAGAACAAUUCGAGAGCUUUUUAAAGCUCUCGAACUAAGAAGACAAUCACAGCAGGGCGUGUAAUGCCUUUUUAGUUUAUCUGAAAUGAACGCCCGUAGUGUAGUUUUCUUAAUUAGACACUAUUGUUAUGAUACUGCCAUUAACUCUUGCAGGUGAAACUAGUUUUUCUAUUAAAGACAAUAGACGUAUUCCGCGUAAUUAAACCACAACGAUACGCUGGUUGCACAUCGAUUUGCACCAUUUGCCCCACAACCAGAAUUUAUAUUGUCACUGAAUUAGGCCCUGCAUCUGGUUAUCUACACAAUUACUUGACUCCAAUGGUAAUUUGGCGUGGAUAAAAUUGGCUAUUUGUAAAGGUUAGGACGACUAAAUAAAAGUACUCACCGAGUUCACGGCCGAAAUCUUGAUUUUAUCUGGUGAGCGAACUGGGGAGACUGCAAUUUGCUCGUGAGUUUUACUACGCUUUGAACUACAUGUACUACAGCUGAUUUCUGAAUUUCGUUGCCUUCGUCGCACUCAGUUUUGCUUAAGUUAGGGAUACGUAUAUCAAUCUGAUCAAUCAUAGUCUAUUGAAGCACCUCAAUGAAUAAUUAUCAAUAUACGUACACAAUUUUCACAAAUACAGGUUACAAAUAAAGCCCAAACCAAUUUUUGAAAUAAUUUCUUUGUUUUUCUUGUAGACUCAAGAUGGCUGAAAAACAGGUAAGAGCAUCGAAGAUAGUAUCAUGCUUUUCCUUAUGACGACGUUAAAUUUCCCAACAAAUAUUGAGCAAAAUUUUAAAUCGUUGCGCUGGAUUAUAAUCUAAGAUUAAAUGCACUACAGGAAGCUGAGUAGCAUCACCUCUUUACGGAUAAAAAAAGAAAAAAAAUUUGCUUACAGGGAUUUUUUUAUUACACAGGGUGGAGUGUAGGUUUUACUGCUUCACGUUACAUAAAAACUCCGUAAGCGGGGUUACAAAACACAGACACAUGUCAGUUAUCUCAACAUAGGGGUAUUUGUUGUGAUAUUCAACAACUGGAACGUCUUAGCAGACGAAUUAGACAAUGCUAUUAAAUCCUUUGUACAGCUUAAAAGGAUGCACUCGACCCGGACUAUUUCACGGCUUUAAAUCAAUAUUUUAAAUUCCUGUUUGCAAUGUUUGCUUCCUUUCUGGGUCUCUUGCAAGGUAUUGUCUAACCUGUUCAGGUUUAUACUUCGUGAAACGAUUAAUACAUUAUUUUUCAACCUACAAUGUACAAUAUUUGGCUACGGUUGUUGUGAUGUACGAACAUACUUUAACAUCUACUUAUCUUUACGUACAUGUGUCAUUGACGAAGUUAGUGAAAUAGAAAAAAAUACUUAUUAAAACGAUAUCAUGGUGGAAAUGAUUGUGAACUAAAAGAUCACUCUGUCAAGGUACAUAGAGAUUUGCAUCUUCACUUCUGACUUUUGGACAAAAACAAACGAUGUUUUUGCUAUUUUUCAGAAAAAUGAUGAAGAAAAGGCUAAGGAGGAACUAGCUGCUAGGUAAAAAGUAAAAAAUCUAACGUAUAAAAUCACUGAUAGUCAUCAAACAGAUACCGUAAUUACUAAGCUCGGCUACAAGUAAGGCGUGUGUUGCUUUUGUUCAUAAACCUACAAAGGCCCUUAAAUAUCACCCGAACUUUGCUUUUUUUCAAUAAAUAGAUCCUCUAUUCCUGUACUUAAAAAGAGAAUAUUGCUAUUAGCGCUUCUUUUAAGGUAGCUCGAUCCAGUAUUUGUAUAGACUGAUACCUUUCACCUUUGGACCUCCUAUACUUAAAUAACUUGGUCUUUAUUGUAAAUACAUUAUAACACAUGGUCACAUAUAGACUGAACUUUAUUAUGACAUUACACAUAAUUUUUCGCGAACGGAAUACCACGUAACAAUGACGUCACAAUGGUUUUCGCUCUUAAUCGAAUUACAGUCCUUAUUCGCACUUUCUCUGGAAAUGCUCUUUGCUAGCGAAGUUUCACAAAAAUGUCGAAGUGCAAUUUCAAGAUGUCGUGGAAUUUCUAGACGAAGACUAUUUGGAAUUUCUGCAUGAAGGCUAUAUGAUUUUAUCGCUGUUUUUUGUGAGAAUAGCCUCCUAGUUAUAAAAAGAGCUCAGCAUUGAGUUUUACCCAGAUACUUUCCAGUCUUUCGAAAUCAAGCAAGCCUACCUGUCUACAAAAAUACUGGGUCGAGCCACGUUAAAAAAAAUUGGGCCACCUGCCUCUUUUAAAGUAACAAUUUAAAACUCCAAAUAUAAGAUGAGGGAAUCAAUCAAUCUGGAAGAGAGAGUCAGGUUUCUUAAAAACCAAAAAGAGCUAAAAUAUUUUUCAAAGCCUACUAGAGACACACGUACGCAGAUGACACAUUGGGGAGAAAUCGAGUAGUGUAUUUAAUGCAAAUGACUUUCGGCCCUCAACUGAAAAGAACUGCUUCUCUUAGUGUUACAAGAUCGUUAGGAACCUUUUCAAUAAUUUUACCAGUUUUAAUUUAUGAAGUUAGAAAUGACAUGUUCCACUUAAAACUUUUGAUAGGAUAUAAUCCUGCAAAUUUCUCAGUAACAGAGUAAUUCUCCUUACAUUGUAUAAGCUUGGCGAUUUCUGGAGGCUCUCUCGCCAUCUUUAUUAUAUGAGCUGUUCGAAACAUUUCCCUGCAAACUUAAACCGAUAUUUCAAACCUUUCCCAAAUAUAACUGAUGUUUACUCAACUUAGUAAGCCAGUUAGCAAGAAAGACAAGGAAACAAUUAAACGAAUAAAUAAAUCAGUAAAUGACUUACUGCUAGGAAUCAAUCUGAUAUACAAAAGCUAAACGGUGAAAGCUUACUUCGCCUUUAUAACUUGGUGUUGAUUAGUGAGGAUGACGUCACUGAAACUGCUCAAGAUCUUCAAGCCGUUCCAGAUCCCGGCUACCAUCACGAGGUAAAUGUUAUUAUUGUCUUCCUUGAACAUUGCAUGUCAUUCUGGUAAAUCUUCAGUGACAUCUAAAGAAAAGCAAUAUUGAUUAAACAACAUGAUGUUAAUGGACUUUAUAUCAAGACAGUACACCUAGCUGCAAGAAAAUAUUUGGGCGCAAAAUAAGCUUAAACUAAACGAUGAUUUUGUGUUCAAUAGACUUGUAGCACUCAAUCCCUAAUUUACCCAUCUGUCUAGGCGUACUUCAAUUCUAUUUUAAAAUAUUGCUCCCAUAGUAAAAGGAGCAUUAGAAUCACAUGUUCCUCGAAACAUUUAAGGUCAUUAAAAAUAAGGACCAAGUCGAAAAAGCACUCAACUGAGGAGGUAACAAGGUUACAAGUUAGGUGUUCCUUUCAACAAAUGACGAAAGAAUUUCCGUUAAGCUGCGUAGCACUUUAGAAAAGAGAAGUAACAAAAAUGUUCAUUAAAAAUAAAGAAAUCAUGAACAAAAGUGCCGUGUUUAGGUUGAAAUUCUCCUUUCCACACGUUUCGGGUCUGGCCCUUCAUCAGUGGAAAUACCAGUUCCACUAGGUGUUCUUUUGCAACGUUAGAACCGACCAAGAAGAGUUUGCUCAUUCAACGCUGAAAUUAUCAAAUUAACAACAGUUUAGGCGUAACAGGCUGUCGAAUUACUAAACAUAUAUUACGCCAAGUCAUGCGACGUAAUCAUGCCCAUCCUGAAUGCUUCUGAGUCAAUCAGGAGCAGCAACGUUGUGAUACACUGAACAUUGUGAUUUAUUUUCCCUUAGGAACAAUACAGUGAUGGAGGGCGUUUGGUCCGACAAUGCACGGACCUCGGUGGUAGACAUAACCCUGUUUGGUAAGAAAGUUCGAAAUGGAGACAAAGGAAGAUUGUUCCUAAACCUUGGUCAUGUUUAAAUACUAACUGCUUUUGAAUUUCUUUUCUUCUAGCGGUACAGCAUGUCUACAAGUCCCUACUGGGCCGGGGGUAAGAGUACCAAAGCUAACCCAUUAACCUUUUUUAUCAAGCUUACAACCCAGAUUUUAUUAAUGAUAAACUGAAGAUUUUUGUUGACGUGGUGUAGCCAAGCAAACGCACGAUUUUGUGGGAUAUAUAGUGGACUUCGAACUGGUUUCCGGCCACCAUACCGAUAUUUUAAGUUAUUUUUCAAUCGCAAUUUUUUUCCACUUUUUUUUAACACUGACUUAGGACUGAAUUUUGUCAAAAUCUAAGUGAAGUGACUUGGUAACAUAAAAAGCUCAAGCUAAUUUAUUUUUCACUUUUAUCUCCCAUAGGAAAAUCAGGACCCUGAUCCUACUGUGUUAAUCAUUAUAAUUAUUCUCUUGUUUUAUUUAUCUUAAAAAUUCUGUCUGUUCUAUUUUGUACAACGUUUUCAUCUGUAUGUGUUGUAAUGUAAAAUUAUAUAAAGGCAACUUUCAGUUCCUAGUCAUGCAUUAAUGAUACAGCAACGUAGCAAAAAGUGUAAAAAGUGCAACGAACGUGUAAGGUUGUUGUGUUACUUAUUAAACGCAUUGUGUUUUUGUCAUUCUUGUUGCCGUGUCAUGUUAAACUCACUACAUGUACUACAAGCAGUGUACGAGGCAAGAUACUUCAAUAAGAUAAAAAAAGACGUGUCUUGCCGGACAUAAUGCCAUAUUUAUAGAACACAAAAUGGAAAUAUCUAACUGAGAGGUACAAAAUUCGUACUCGGGUGUAUAAUUAGUUAAAACAAUCAUACCCGUUGAGACGAGGUAAAACACAAUUUCAAUCUCCCUCCCUUUCCCUUUAAAAGGCCUGCCACGAAGGCUGGCGAGCAAGCCACAUUCUCAAUCCACUUUACUAUAGAAGCUACAGAUGGUUUCCUAUUUGACAUACUCUUUCUGCUUCCUAAACUAAUCCUACUUUAGUGGAACGUCGAUAAAACGAAGGGCGAAGGGGCUGGUUAAAUGUUUGCCAUACCUACGUUUCGUUAUAUCGAGGUUCAUUUCAGUACAUUUUACUAGUACCGGGGUAAGGUAUAUUCUUCUUUCUGCCAAGGACUUUGUUAUAUCUGUCGAGGUUCCUCGGUCCUGAAGUAAAGUAACUUAGAGGAUGUGUUAGAAACACACCCAACAAGGAACUCAGCCAUGUAUGUUGAUGCAAAUAGCCAACUCGCCAGCACCCCCCAAGGUGUAACAUCGUACAAAACGUAUAUUUAAAGUUACUUCUAUCAUCGAAAAGAAGAAGACUGACUGGGUCUUCAGUUUUUGGUCUCAAAAAAAAUCGACGGACUGAAUUUCUUUUACGCUAUUUCUUUCUGACCUGCACUACGUUAAAAAAUUCCACUCUAAAGAGAAAAGUGUAGAUGAAAAUUCAAGGAAUUUGAGUCUGUUUUUCUCGGAACUGUGUUUAAGACACUAUUAAAAUUGACAUUUCUUCUUUCUUGGAAAUAUUAUACAUGCAGUCUCCAAGGCAACUUAAAGUUAAGACAAUCGAAAUAUCACCACGAGAUGUAUUAUUCCCCAGGAGGUCGGAAAAGCUCACAAAGCAAAGGUUUGUGGUAACAAUACCACGAUUUUAUGCGGUUGGUUGGCCAGUGGAAAAAUUACAACGACGCAUGAAAAUACGAGAAUUAGGAUAAAAUAUGGAGUAUAUAAUGCUAUAACAUCAUACGAUUUGGUACGAAACAUCACCAUAAUUCUGACAUAACUCUGUCAGUAAUGCGACGUUAUAACUCCACGGUUACGUUUAUACAAUUUCUUACGCUUCUUUUAGACUAGCUUCUUACCGGCAUAAUAAUAAUAAUAAUGUCCUUUGCUUACCCUAUAGGGAGUAUUUAUAGCACUAAUGAUUAUGGGCCUAGCAAAUGUCUGAAAUAAAUAAAUUUAAAUCAAACAUAACAAGACUGAGAAUUCCGACGCUGGGGCAAACCAGCUGGCUAGUUACAAGUGUGGGAAUUAAUGAUGAUUGAGAUAGGCGGCGCGCUUUCCUCUCGCACAAAGCUGCAACCUUGUAUUUGAGGAAAACCGAAAACCGAUCUCACAAGUCGCGAGCUAAAGAACUUCCACUAGGCGACAGAUUCUUUCAAAUCCUCUUGGCGGCGAUGGCGCUAAGAUCCCCGAAGACACCAUUCUCAAAAAGUGCAAGAUAAAUUCUGAGGGAUUCACCCUUUCAAUGAAGCACGAUUGACGUUCUUAUUGUUGGAUACGGCUAAUCAGUGAUUUCUGCGGCCAAUAUUGACAAGAACACUUUUAGAAAGCCUACGAAAAGCAACAGUCACCAGAUACAGGGCUAAGAGCUCUGCAGAGCUUCCGCGCUACCGGAGAGGAGCUAUGAAGUUCAAGGUAAGAAAACAUUUGAUGGCUAACCUGCUUAUCAAUUACCAAACGCCCGAGCAAACGUGUUCUCUCUUCCAGGGGCUUAAAGAUUUUAAAUGUUAACGAAAUCGGGUGUGAGGAAAAGGUACAACCUAUUAUAAAGGCGAGACCAUUCAGGUGUAUUUUGCAUGCAGGUAAGGCAAGAGGGAACUAAAAGAGUUCGCGACUGUGAAGGGAUGAUCACUACAUGUCUCCUCAAUUAUGUAUUACUAGAAUACAAGCUUCAGCCGCGAGUAAACCGAACUGUAUUUAAAUGGGGUCUGUAAUAGAUAUGAUUGAGAGUAAAAAUACCCAUCAAAUGACGACAUUUCUACGAAAUUAGCUGUCCAACGAGAAGAAGCCGGAGAAACUAAAUUAUGACACCUUAAAGUUUUAUGGAACUUGGUACGAGCAAUGCAAACAUUUUUGUUCGUUUAUGACAUUUGCCGAUCGCAUCAACGCACGAGAUAGUUUGAGCCUUAAUAUUCACGUAGCUUUCCUAUUGUUUAAUACUUAUUUCCGUAUCCCCAGCACUGAAUGAGUUUAAAGAUAACUGUGUAAAAAAAGUGACAAUGUUCAGGAACAAGACAAUGGCGAUUAAGAUCAAUCAAAUUUGAGAGCUUCGCAAUGAAAAUUCGUCAAAUUCUCAUCAACUUCCAUUUAACUGUUUCAGAGAGAAACAAUACAACCUUUUUUACAGCGAAUCAAAAGCUCUGCUCACGCUAAUAGCACUGAAAGAGUCACUAAGGAAUAAAAUGCAUGUAAUAAUAGCAUCAUCGAAUAGUUACAAUACAUCUCAGGUAAAGUCUAGGGGAAAGUAAUAUUUUCUUGCUAAACGCUUCACAAACGCGGGAUUUUUGGGCGUUUUUCAAGAUUAGUCCGAGGUUAAUUAGAGUUGAUUGACUUUCUGCCCUGUUUUAUCGCCCAAGAGACAGAAAGUCGGUUCAAGGAUGGCUGUCAAGUCACUUCUAAAUCGUUUCAACUUUCCGACUUUAAUGAGACGCAAAGGCAACCUUAGCUUAGUUUUCAAUGAGGCCUCCACAUACAUUUUUAGGUUGAGAAAAGUCUGUAAAAUCGAGUACCUCUGGUUAAUAUUCUUGAUUGACUUAUUACCGGGGCCUAGCCGAAGGCUGGCACCGGUCAUAAAAUGCAACGCGUUUCUGUCUUUUCAAAGCUACAUUGUUAGGGAUAUAUCGCUGACUGAGAUAUAUCGCUGGCUCUUUACUUUUGGGAGUGUUCGCUGAGAUAUAUCGCUGGUUCAUUGAAAUCUUAUCCGCCAUUUUGAAAAGCACGAAGUAUGGAGGAGAGUCAAGUGAAAGAUUAUAGCUUUUUGGGAACGACACGUUCCCCAACCUUUACAGUGUACUAGUUCAUGAGCGAAAACUUGAGAGUGAACAUUUGGAGGGACAAAUUUACGAGCCAUCGCUUAAGAGUGAACCUUCCAUCGUGAAACUUAUCGCGGAAAUAAACGACUUAUCAAAGUUAUCUACAUUGAGUGAACCUUCCAUGAGAAUCAAUGCGAACACUUAUCAAAGCUAACUUUAGUCACGCAAUAUUUACAUUAGCGACAUGCAAAAACUCUCAACUGUUCAAAAUGGGGGAUUCCCUAACGUUUUCUCUUUUCACAAUAUUCAUUACACCUUGUUUUCAUCUCUAAAGAAUAUUUGCAAUAAAAAAGAUUUUCAUGUCGCCCGACAAACUUAUUGAUGAAAACGACCCUUCCACGUGGGUUGCCAAGACAAAAGUGGCCCCGGUAAAAUUCACGAAGUGAUUCUUGUUCAACGUUAAAUUGAUGGGGGCCUCAAAAACCUUUCUCACCCCCUUCUCCUUCUUAUGUAUAGGACGUUGGAUCAAAAUAUUGCCCAAGUUGUUCAAAGUCAAAUAAGGCGUUGGUUCUUUUCGGCGAAACUUAAAAGUCUGGUUCUGCAUAUUACGCUGUCUUAACAAUCUGAUUAGCCUGCGUUGCAGCCGACCCACGCAUCAUAGUUACAAAUUUGAGAUCGAAACUUUACUCCCAUACAAUUUGAUCGGUAGAUGAAGAAACCCCGUUGCGCCGUUAUUUCCUUCAUAAAAAAUGGGGAGCUUAGCAAUAGCGUUUUUGACCGACGGACGUCAACCGGAAGUGGACUUUUUGCAUCAUUGGGCAGUGGUUUGGUUCGAACGCUUGGGUAAAUUGCUCUUUAUAAGAGUAAAGACACUUAGCAAUACAAAGUUAUUAGCGUCAAGGCAUAUAAAAAGGUAGAACUGGCCUCACUUCCGGGUGGCGUGUGUCGCACAAAAACGUCUUUGGUUAAGCUCCCAGUGCCGACUGGCCCUGUUAGAGGGUCUCAAUGGGGUGGUGGCUUUUACGGUUAUCGGCUAAAAUUUUGGCUCUUUUACGGCUAUCGGUUAAUUUUUUUCAGUUACGGUUAACAGAAAAGUUAAAAAUUAACUUCUUUUGUUUCAAAAAGUAUCUCUAAAGAAUAUUUGCAAUAAAAAAGAUUUUCAUGUCGCCCGACAAACUUGUUGAUGAAAACGACCCUUCCACGUGGGUUGCCAAGACAAAAGUGGCCCCGGUAAAAUUCACGAAGUGAUUCUUGUUUCUUGGAUAUCCAGUAUCCAUGUGGCCUCAAUAGGGGAAAAGUUAAUAAUAGCAACAGAAGCUUUCUCAUUCUAAACCAGUAACAUUUAACUGUAUAUCCGCCCCGUGUAAGGGAAUCCAAGACAGUCUUGAUUUCUGGAUUCCACACGGUGGAUUCCGGAUUCCAGGUACUGGAUUCCAGUCUUUGUCAGUGGAAUUUGGAUUCUAGAUUGCAAUCGUUAGGGGGACCUUCAGUUGUAUUCCGGAUUGUAAAGCCCAGGAUUUAGGAUUCCACGAGCACAUUUUCCCAUCUGGAUCCCACAAAGCAAAAAUUUCUUGAUUCCGGAAUCGGGAUUCCUUUACAUGAGGCGAUGUAUAUGAAAAAUUGACCAAUCACAGUGCGAAAAUCAAACUAAGCCAUAUAAUUAUUCUACUGGCCCAACUUUCGCGCGAUUUUACAGGCAAUUUUUGGUCACAUGGUGGCAAAUCGGAGGACUGGUAUCAGGCGAUACACCCCGUCGGCGUUAAUAUUUGCCCUACGAUUUUUCGGUUGCAAGAAAGCAUAACGAAGUCAACAAAGUUAAUCUCCUUUUAGUUUUUAGUUCUUUUCUUGAAGCAUGCCUAAUGUGGAUCAUAAAACCGCGUCGUUAAUGUUCACUUUAUAUCAUCCAUGUGGACCACUUUUUCGACGCAUCCACUACAUGGUAUUCGAAGAAAAUCAAAAACCAGUCGCACGAGCGGGAGCUCAAGAACUAUCCCAGCCAGGGCAUCAGGCCGGCUUUUCUAAGGACAAAAUCAAAACAUAGGCACGUUUAACGUGCAUGAGCUAUUUUAAAUGCUUCAGUGUAACCUUACCAAGAGUGAUGAAUCUACCUUUUUCAUCCCGCAUGUAGACUGGGUUUUUGUGCGAAAUUGAGUAUUGCGGUACAUAAAUGAAAACGCGAAACGCUCAGCUGAGUCGACACUCAUGUUAUAUAUUCACAUUCCUCUGUCUUUCCCUGAUACAUCUGGUGCCAGUUAAACAAAUUGUUAAAGUACAAUAAAUAUCAACUCUCCAAACGUUGAUUAGAAGAAAACUCUAAGGUUUCCUCGGAGUUUCUUAAGACAAUCAUCGAAUACCGAAUAGUUACGAAAUACCAGGAUUUUUAUCAUUGUGGUGGAUGGUUGUAUCAUCAUAAUUCACAAGGUUAUCACGUGCGAUUCUGCUCAGUGAAACAGUCUUUAAAUCUGAAAACUUAAUUCUUCAUGUUUUAAAAGCUACUGCUUCUUAAAAGACAAGAGCCCUUCUUAAGGCAUUGGUUACAAAACGAAACAGGUCUUCAAACGUUCAAGUUACUAUUAUUACUGUGAAAAGCCAAUCUGCAUGAGAUGUACAGUCACACAGCUGCCACGUAAAAGUGUUGGACUUUGCCCCCUUUCGUGGUUCGUACGUGAGAGAAUUCGAGUUAUCACGUCGUAAUCUAGUAAACAGGAUUAUAAAAAUAACUCAUACACAUUAUUUGCACGUGAAGAUGUUGGACUUUGCCCCUUUUAAAAUUUGUACGUGAAAGAACGCAUAUUGUUUACUUUGCUUAAACGAUUUUAACAAAUCACCUCUUUUUAUUACAUCUGCAAUAAAAUAAUGCAUGAUUUAUUACUUUACUUCUAACAGAAUGAUUGUCUGCUGAAAAACCGACUUCUACUCAUCUCAUGUUAUUCCACUCAAUGAAACAAAUUAUUUCGUCAACUGGCUACUUCCAAGUUAAUUCGCUAACGCAAAAGUUACGCAUCUUUACUUAGCCACCGGUUAAAUUAAAUACUAUGUUUUAAUUACUUUUAUGACAGCAAACAUGUAUCAGAUAUGGUUGCACCUAAGUUGCCGGAACGUGAAUUUAAAGGUCUCUUGAUCUUUGUACGAGAGAGAAUAAAGCACGUUUACAUAAUUACUUUUAGUCGGUACAGCUUUAAAAAAAUCGGCUCUUGUUCAAGCUUCUAAAAACACAAUUACGCAUACUUCCAACUUAAAGUCAAUAUCUAAAUAUCAAUUAUUAACGUUUCAUUUGUAAACCUUUGAAGACUAUGAUUUUAGGUGAAAGCAGGUGAAUUAUGUUUCACCUGCUUUCACCUAAAAUCACCUAUCGUUCGCGAUAGCCAAACUAGGUCAUAAAUGUCUUAAACCAGCAGCCACACUAAAAUAUGAACCCUUAAACCGCUGCAUCGCUGUACUCAACGUUUGAAUCAUGAAGAUAUUUAAAUCUUAUGCUUCUAAACACCUUAAGCCGUAUUAAAACACAAUGAAAUUGUGAACAACUAAUAUAACGGUCUCAAAGUACCCUUGUUUGACUUUUACCGCAACAAUGCAAUGUUUAGAUGCCAAAAUCUCAUCGGUUCCUUGCACAAUACCUCAUAGUACCUUCAACCUUAUUAGCCCCUGCAACACACAUCCAAACAAACAAACCCACAAACCCACAAAGAUACAUACGCUUACACCACUGACAUAUGAGCUAUGUUUUCAAAAUAGCUCAAAAAGGGGGAAACCUUCCGCCUUCUCCCUUAAUCUUUUCAAAACCGCUCUCCCCCUAAUCCCCUUAGAAAGGCCUAAUACUGUAUAAAAACUACUCUAAGCGACAGAUCUUCAACUCCCUUUCGUGGUGGAAAAAAGAUUCUGAACGAUUCCGGAAGAAACAACUCGGAGAAAAUAAGACAAGUUCUGAGACACAUUUACUGACAAGUGAUCGUCGUGCUUAUUGUUUUACAGCCAAUCACUGAUCUCCGUUGGAUUCAAGCAGUCACGUGUACGCGCCUGGACAUACAAUCACGCGGAAAUUCGCGGUCUCAGUAA